CUUUCCCGCGCUUUUUUGGUGUCGCUUGCGCAUUCCGGCGGAGAAGACUGGUUAGAAAACUGCGGGUCGCCAGUCACGCUUUGUGAGAAAGACGGCCGUGUAAAACAGCUUCAGUGAACGAAUCAGGCUACAAUGGCAACAGCACAGAGGUCACUUGACUUCUACCAUGGCAUACACUCAACUGCCCUCUUACAGGGUUUGCAGGAACUGCGAUCAGAGAACCUGCUGGUAGAUGUCACCCUUUGUGUCUCCGGACAAGAGAUUCCAUGCCACAGAAAUGUACUUGCUGCUUGCAGUGGGUAUUUUCGUGCAAUGUUCUGCAAUGGUCACCUUGAGAGCAAGGAGCAUAAGGUAACCAUUCAAGAAGCAAGUGUCGGCCUUGUGCAACUUCUUGUUGACUACGCCUAUACGUCAAAGGUAACCAUCACAGAGGACAACGCUGUAGAGUUGAUGGAAGGGGCCAGCUUCUUCCAGGUUCCACCGGUCAGUGAUGCAUGCACAAAGUUCCUAUCAGACAGUCUUAGCGUUAAGAACUGUCUGAAGAUGGUAAAUUUUGGUGGCAGGCUGAACCCCAACCUGGAGACAAAGGCAUUGACGUAUGCCAUGAAAGAGUUUGCAUCCGUCAGCAAAAUACCAGAGUUCCUUGACAUGACAAAGGAGCAACUACUCAAACUCAUCUCAUCAGAUGACCUGAAUGCUCCAGAAGAAACUGUGUACAUGGCAGUCCUGAAAUGGAUCAACCAUGACACCAGGAAGAGGAAGAAGGAGAUGAGAGAGCUGAUGGAGCUGGUCAGGUUCCCCUUCAUGGACAGGAUGUACUUCAUGGAGAAGGUGGAGAUGGACAAGGUCAUACGCAAGUGCUGUCCGGAUAUCGUGUCAGAAGCUCGCAAGUAUCAGGCCUUCCCAGGAGAGGUCCAGUCACCCCGCACCCGACCCCGCCGUGCCAGUGGUCUGAGGGAGGCAGUUGUGGUCAUUGGAGGGACGGAGAGAUUUGCAAUGGGAGAAAAACCUUCGGUGGAAAGCAACUCCAUCGUGAUGACACACUCAUCUGCACCAUCAAGCGCCAGUUGGGUUUCCAUGAGUAGGAUAAAGAGAACAAAUGACUUUUGGAUUGGCUGGUGCAGUUUUGGGCACAAGUGA